CCAAUAUAUUUUUUGUCGAGGUUUCCUAAAACGGCAUUAUUUGCUAUGAAUGUUCCGGAUAGGCUAAUGCGUGCAGCGAGAAAGACUUUACGGGGCAGGUGUCCGAAUACAGGGCAUUCCCAGGACGACAGGUGACAACUCUUUGCCAAGAUAUAGGGUGGCGCUUGCUACUUCAGUUUCAGACUGAUAUUGGUGACGCACCGAGAGGUAGGCUGCGAUCAUGCCCAAGCUGGAGGCUGUGCCGUAUUGGAGACUCUCCGUGACUGUCCUGCGAGCUAAACUUCUCCACUCGCAUGACUACUGGUCGGAGUCGGACUGCUACGUGAUUCUGAAGCUGCCCACAUCAUCUGCUUGCUCUCAUCGCACCCAGACAGUGCCCAACAGCAACAACCCAGAGUGGAACGAGACCUUCCACUUCCGCAUCCACAGCCACGUCAAGAAUGUUCUAGAAAUGCAAGUGUACGACGAAGAUCCAUUCAUGCCAGAUGAACUGUGCUCUGUCAUCAUGUUUGAUAUCUGUAACCUCACCUUGGGCCAAAAGCAGACGAAAAUGUUCAUCAUUAAUGAGAAGACACGUGAUAAACUGUGGGUUGAAUUUGAGAUGGUGGAGAGUGUUGAGGAUCCUGGGAUAUACAUGUCAAACGGAGUCCUGGUGGCGGCACCACUUUCCACCCUGGAUAUCACUGCUAAACAUCUAGGAGCUGUCAUCCAGAACCUAAUACUGAAGUUGAAGGGAGCUUAUAAGGAGGAGCAUGUUCUUUCCCCUGGGCUGGUGGGCUCUUUACGCUACUACAUCAACAGAGAUCUGGAGACAGAACUCUCCACGCAGGGUGACUAUACAUUUCAGCCAAUCAGUCUCUCACCGGAUUCUUUGCGGCCAGUCAGUUUUAAGCAGGACCUUAAAUUGCCAGUCGGACAGGAUUUUGUUGACCUGGAGCUGAAGAGUGGAGAAAGCUCUGAGCAGGAGCUGGCGCUGCGUCUGGACUUUGACAUCCCGUCAGCGGAGAAGCACUUCCUGGAGAAGAGGAAGGUGGUGGUGGGUCGGGCUCUACAGAAGCUGCUGGAGCUCAGGUCUCCACCAGACACAGAUAAGGUCCCCCUGGUGGGUGUGGUUUGCUCAGGGGGAGGGACCAGGGCGAUGACUGGCAUCUUUGGGAGUCUGAGGGCUCUCCAGAGUCUGGGGAUCCUGGAUGCUGUCAGCUACAUCACCGGCGUCUCAGGGUCCACAUGGGCCAUGUCUAUCCUGUACGAGAAUGCUAAUUGGUCGCAGGGUGACCUGAGCACGAUCACUGAGCCAAUAAAGACUGAGAUGAUUAAGAGGUACCAGGACAUCGUUUCUACUCGGCAGCUCUCGUACUACUUUGAGGAGAUGAACCAUAAAGAGAAGGAGGGACAUCCGGUGACCUACAUUGACAUGUGGGGUCUGGCUAUCGAGCACCUCAUCUAUGGCAAGAAAUGGAAGAGUACCCUCUCUGACCAGAAGAGGGCGGUAUCAGAGGGACAGAAUCCUCUGCCCAUCUACACAUCUGUGAACACGAAGACCAAAGGCAGUGUUACAGAAGCAGAAUGGUGUGAAUUUAACCCGUAUGAGGUCGGCCUUCCCAAGUAUGGUGCAUUUGUGCCCACUGAGGACUUUGGCAGUGAGUACUUCCUAGGUCAUCGGGUCAAGAGACUACCAGAGAUUCGACUGCCUUUCCUGAUAGGAAUCUGGAGCAGUGUUUUCUCCAUUAACCUGACUGAUCUGUGGUACCAUGCCACUGGCUAUGUUCCAUCCUGGAUAGGUGGUGAUGUCACUAACACAGAGACGGACAGCAGGCCGUCCACACUGGACACCUUCCUGAUCAAACCAGCCUCCUACAUAGCACAGAGCAUCACCAGCUUCUUCAACAGCCGACCAAUCGUCAGCCAGAUUUACAACUUUAUGCGAGGCCUCUAUCUCCACUGGGACUACAACAGCAAGACUGGUUUCACCGCCGGACAAGACACACACCCUGACGCGUUCCCAAACCAGCUGACCCCAGCUGACCACUUCCUGGAUCUGGUGGACGCAGGGUUUGCCUGUAACAUGGCGUUCACCCCAGUACUCCGACCCCACAGAUGCAUGGACCUCAUCCUGUCCUUCAACUACUCCUGGGAUUCAGAUCAGUUUGAUGUGCUGAAGAAAACCCAGAAGCACUGCACUGACCACAGGAUCCCGUUCCCUCACAUCGAUUUUAGCCAUGUGGAGAAAAAACCCAUGAAGGAGGUGUAUGUGUUUGAGGACAAGAACAAUCCCAAAGCUCCCAUUGUGGUUCACUUCCCCAUGGUCAACCUCACCUUCAGAAAGUUCAAAGCCCCAGGUGUCAAGCGAGAAGGGGUGGAUGAACUGAAACAGGGAGAGAUAGACGUCAUCACUGGCGAUUCGCCGUACCACACUAUGAACCUGGCCUACCAGCCUGAGGACUUCCAGAAGCUGAUGGAUCUUUCUUCCUACAACGUCCUGAACAACAGCGACAUCCUGCUGUCAGCUCUACGGAGGGCUCUACAGAGAAAGAAUCCAAGAAGACAGAAGUGAACACUGACUGACUGACUACUCUAACAACUGCCUUGCUCAAGGAGACUG